GCAAUGGCCGUCCGUUGAAGCGUUAUCCCGCAGCGGGCAACCACGGUCACGCACGCGAAAUCCGCCGGCCGGAGAGCGCGAGCGCAGGCAAACCUUGCUGUCGACUGUCGUGCGCCUCCUUGCCGAGACUCCAAUGCCCCUGCCGCACCUGCUCCCGCGGCUUUCCCACACGCCGCCUCCACUUCGCGCCGGGGACAGGGGUAACGCCGCCCUGCUGUCUCCGGGGGGAAGAAGAAGAAGAAGAAGGCCGGCGCUUCUCGCCGUCGUCCGGGCCAAGAGAAAGGAUGAGGCAAGCUUCGCCGACCGCAUCCUCGACUACAUCGAGGGGGGGCCAAAGUUAAGAAGAUGGUAUGGAGCACCCGAUUUGCUUCCCAAGGAUGGGGAUGGGGGUGCCGAGGAUGAGGAGGAUGAGUCUCAAGUAGAUAUUGAGGAGCCUCGGGACGCUGUGCUAGUCACUAAUGGCGACAGUGAGAUUGGACAGAUGGUGAUAUUGGCACUAAUUCUGAAAAGGGCUAGAACAAAAGCACUUGUUAAGGAUAAACGAACCACCGAAGAAGCCUUUGGAACUUAUGUGGAGUGCAUGGUUGGCGAUAUGGAAGACAAGUCCUUCACAAAGAAAGCAUUAAGGGGCGUUCGUGCUAUAAUUUGUCCAGCUGAUGAUGGUUUCUUCUCUGAACCAACCGACCUCAAGGGUGUUCAACACAUUGUUCUGCUAUCACAGCUGGCUGUCUACAGAAAUAGUGGUGGUUUGCAAGCUAUUAUGAACAGCAAGCUGAAGAAGCUAGCAGAGAGGGAUGAAGAAGUGGUUCUUGCAUCUGGCAUCCCAUGUACAAUAAUCAGAACUGGUUCUCUGCAAAGCACCCCUGGUGGUGAGAGAGGUUUCGAUUUUACUGAGGGCAUAGCAACCAAGGGAAGAAUAAGCAAAGAGGAUGCUGCUACCAUAUGUGUGGAAGCUCUGGAUAGCAUUCCCCGAAAGACACUCAUUUUUGAGGUUGCAAAUGGUGAUGAGAAGGUGAGAGACUGGAAUGCAUGGUUUGCAGAGCAGAUCAAAAGAGAAGAAGAGAUACAGUAAAAAGAACAAAUUGGAAGUGGUUUUCGUUUGAUAGAGUGUCAGACCGAAAGGAAAAUAGAAAAGAGGGAAAAAAAAGGAAGGUGGGAUUUUAAAGAUUAAAAGGAAAAGAGCUGAAGUUUACUUUUGAAACUCUGGCCUGGCUGCCAAUUGAAUCAUACUAGUAUAUCUGAUGAAGAAAUAAAAGUGCGUGGAGAAGUGGAGGCACGUCUACCUCAGCCUCCAAGGAGGCUACGAACUCUGGGCUCUUCAGUUGGACUGAAGCUUUGAUCCUCUAUUGUUUAUCAAUUCAUUAUCUUUGUACUAUGAAACUGCAGUUCAAACUGUGUUACAAUUUCACCAAAGUCUUUAAUCGUCCACGAGAAUUUCUGUAUA